AACUUACUGCUGAGAAAGGCGGCACAGACCCGGAAGUGACUUUAACGUCGUUGAGAAAUCGUGAGGCGCCUGUGUGCAGCUGCUUUUAUUUCACUGAAGACCGUUGACACGCCGAAACCUACUUAAACAUGAGUUUGUUAAACAAGCCCAAAUCUGAGAUGACCCCAGAGGAGCUCCAGAAGCGAGAGGAGGAAGAGUUUAACACCGGUCCACUUUCAGUGCUCACCCAGUCUGUAAAGAACAACACACAGGUUCUGAUCAACUGCCGCAACAAUAAGAAGCUGCUGGGCAGAGUCAAAGCAUUCGACAGGCAUUGUAACAUGGUUCUAGAGAAUGUCAAAGAAAUGUGGACGGAGGUGCCCAAGAGUGGCAAGGGCAAGAAGAAGUCCAAACCAGUGAACAAGGAUCGGUACAUCUCAAAGAUGUUCCUGAGAGGCGAUUCAGUCAUCGUGGUGCUGAGAAACCCACUCAUCACCGGGAAAUAAACCUGACAUGUAACACGUCUGUUCAAGUACAGGCGAUCUCCUGGACACUCAUUGACCGCGUUAAAGUGUUUGAGCGAAUUAAGUGUUUUGCAAUCGAGGAACAGUACAGUUUGCCUUGUGCUGCAAAAAUUGUAUUUUGAUUUGAAAUGUUUAGCAUCAUUAUGAGAGAUUGUCUGGUCAAAGAAAAGAUACGGAAAGAUGCCAUUUGAACCGUUUUUGUUUAAGUUGUAUAAAAAUUUGCUUUUUUUCUAAAUAAACUUUUGGAUAUUCAAACCUCUAAA